AUGACAAAAUCUGGAGCCCUUCGCCUCCAACAGAAGGCAGACCCCCAGAAGGCUCCACAGCUCAGCCUGCAGAACUCCUGCUCACGGUCCCCGGGUAUUUAUUGGCUCCAAGAGGAAGCAUCGGCUUUUCACUCCAGCCCUGUGCUGUCUCCUCCCAGCCCUGACACGUUUCCCUUUGAAGUUGUGAUGCUGGGAAUCACAGGCUUCGCUCUGCCCUUCCCAGAGGUGCCCUCAUCCCUUCGGGUUCAGCAUCUUCCUUAUAAUGUGAAAAAGCACAAUUUGCCAUCACCGCCCAUGUGGUUCCCCCUCCAGACUGUCACCGCCUGA